AAUGAUUAUAGGGGAAAUUUUACUUUUACACUUUGUUGGAUACCACUUUUCAACUUUACCAUAAGUCUAAGGACAUUUUCAGAAAUACCACUUUCAUUAGUGAGCAAAAGAUAAUAAUACCCUUACCUUAUCUUCUUCUCCACCAUCGGUUUCUCUCCCUCUUCCCGAGUCCCCGUCGUCUCUCUCUCACCGUCGAGUCACCGUCGUCUCUCUCUCCUUCUAGCGUCUCUCUCUCACCGUCUAGUUCCGGCGUGUCUCUCUCACCGUAGACUUCCGGCGACGAAAUCGAUUCAAAAUCUCCAAGAUGUCGACUCCUAUACGUGAUUGACAACUUGUAUGUCUCUAAUUUCUGUAUUUGUUUGUUCUCUAAUUUCUGUAUUUUUUUGUUUGAUUCGAUUUUGUGCUUUCUCUUAUCGAAAAAUCAAACAAGGUUCUCUUAGAUAUCUCAUUUAAAGAGGUCGAUCUAAGAGAAACUGAUUUCAUAGUGAAACGUUGAGAGUGAAAACAUUGAGUAUUUGAAAACUUAAAUCUGGUUUUGAAGUCAUAUUAAGAUUGAUCUGAAUGGUUUCAGCUAAGAAAUAGAUUUUCCGAUAGUGAAAACUGCAUAUUAAGGAAGAGAUAAGUUACGAUAGUGAAAACUGAAUAUUAAAGAAUUAUAACCCCUUAUAAAUCUGGGUUUCAUGAGAUUGUUGAUAAAUACAACUCAAUGAUUUAUAAGUGAAGAAAAAGAUGCAUGAAACAAAAGUCACAGGUACAAAAGUCAUAGAUCACGAAGCCAUGGCAAACAUGAAGACUAAGUUUAUGGCUUUAUGGGAUGGGUUUUCUACUGAUCCGAAUGCGAGGGUGAUGGUACUUGCUGCAACAAACAGAUCAUCAGAGUUUGAUGAACCAAUAAUGAGGCGUCUUCCUCAAGCCUUUGAGAUUGGAAUGCCUGAACGUAAGGAGAGAGCUGAGAUAUUGAAAGUGACGCUGAAGGGAGAGAGGGUGGAGCCCGAUAUUGACUACGAUCACUUAGCUCGUCUAUGCGGAGGCUACACCGGAUCAGACAUCUUUGAGCUCUGCAAGAAAGCAGCUUACUUCCCUAUCAGAGAAAUCCUAGAGGAAGAGAGAAAAUGGAGACCAUGUCCUCUAAGUUUCAUAUGAAAAUGUCCAAUGCUGUUGCAGUCACCAAAUUUGCAAGUGUUGAUGUUGUGAGUUGCUAUCAUUUUGUUUGUCAGGUACCUAGGGCAUUGUCACAGUUGGAUUUGGAGAAAGUUCUUGCUACGUCGAAGAAGACGCAAGUUGCAGCAGGCGAGUAUUGUGGAUUGAGAUGGUCAAGGGAACCAGAUGAGGUGGAAGCAGCUACUUAGCUAGAUAGCAAUGAAUUGCACAUCUUUGAGAUUGCCUCUGAGGAUUUAUGAAGCUGGAACAGAACCAGUAGACAAUUCAAAAGUGAUUAUCCAAUCGGUGUCUUUGCAAUAAUGUGAAGUGUUUAUAAAAGAUUAUAAAUGUAGUUUUAUAGGAGUUUAUUAAAUUAUAAAUUAGAGAUUUGUAGAGACUUAUAAAACGUUGUUUAUUCUUUGUUACAUCUUGUGGUUAAUACAGUGUUUGGAUUCCCUGAGGAAUACAAACAUUUCGUGAA